AUGACCCAGUCUGGACAAUGGAUUCAGUUGAAGAACGUGACUGACGUCACAAUGUUUAUAUUGACAGGAUUCACCGAUGAUUUUAAGCUGCAAGGCUUCCUAUUUUUAUUCUUUCUUUCAAUCUAUCUUUUUACUCUGAUAGGAAAUUUAGGACUGGUUGUAUUGGUCAUUGGCGAUUCCAGGCUCUACAGCCCCAUGUACUAUUUUCUGAGUGUUUUGUCAGUUGUCGAUGCAUCCUAUUCUACUGUUGUCACCCCCAAAAUGUUAAUCAAUUUCUUGGCAGAGAAUAAAUCCAUUUCAUUUCUUGGAUGUGCAGCACAGAUGUUUCUCUUUGUUACUUUAGGAACCACGGAAUGCUUUCUCUUGGCUGCAAUGGCGUAUGAUCGCUAUGUAGCCAUCUACAACCCACUUCUGUACUCAGUGAGCAUGUCACCCAGAGUCUAUGUGCCACUCAUGCUUGCUUCCUAUAUCAGUGGCAUUUUACAUGCAACUACACACACAGUUGCCACAUUCAGCCUGUCCUUCUGUGGAUCCAAUGAAAUUAGACACAUCUUUUGUGAUAUCCCUUCUCUCCUCGCUAUUUCUUGUUCUGACACUCACACAAACCAGCUUCUACUCUUCUACUUUGUUGGCUCCAUUGAGAUAGUCACUAUCCUGAUUGUCCUAAUCUCCUAUGGUUUCAUUCUGGUGGCCAUUCUGAAGAUGCACUCUGCUGAAGGGAAACUGAAAGUGUUCUCUACAUGUGGCUCUCACAUAACUGGAGUGACAAUUUAUCAUGGAACAAUCCUCUUCAUGUAUGUGAGACCCAGUUCAAACUACACUCUGGAGCAUGACAUGAUAGUGUCAGUAUUUUACACCAUUGUGAUUCCCAUGCUGAAUCCCAUCAUCUACAGUCUGAGGAACAAAGAUGUAAAAGAAGCAAUGAAAAGAUGGUUUGAGAGAAAUUGGUUUAUAAAUAAAGUGCAUAUUCAGCAUUGA